AUGAGCGUGGGCUCGAUCACGACGACGACGACGACGCUGGCGCGGCAGCAGACCCGGCCCGCCGCUCCCGGGCUCCCGCGCUGGGCAGCAUGCUUCGGGCCGAUGCUCGGCUACGACACGACGCCGCAGACGCCGCGUCCUGUAGCGAAGCAGCGCACGAGCUCACGGCAUAGCGCAAGUGCAGAGGGUGGGGAGCCAGCGGUGGCGGAGCCGGAGGCCCCGUCGCCCGUCGAGGCAGCGCUGGCCGAGGUCGAGCAGCGCUGGGGGCCGGGCUCCGUCGGACGCUUUGCGCGUGGCACCGCCGCGCUGCGGUUGCACGUGCUGUGGUUGGGGCUGGCAGGCGCAGAGAUGAUCGAGCGGCGGCGGCAGACGGACGCGACGCCGCCGCUCCGCAUGUGGGGCGAGCCGGCGGCCUCAUCGUACCAGGUGUACGCUUGCGACGUGCCCGAGGACCGGUACAAUGUGAUCAACCGGCCCGACCAUUGGCUCAACCAGCGGAAGCGCGGCGAGGACGGGUUCGUGUUCGUCCUCAACGCUGCGAACCUGAUCAUGCUUGCCUACUUCCGCGAGCCAAGCCCAGGCGCCGUCACUAAGGGCGACUCCGCCGCAGCGCGCCUCUUCUGCGCCUGGUGCGACGGCACAGACGCCUUCCGCAACGAGCGCUUCAAGCUGAUCCCCCGCGGGCCGCUGCUGAUCCGGCGCGGCGUCGGCGCCAAGCCAGUCCUCCUCGGCAAGCGGAUCACGGUGCUCUACCACCGCCAGCCGGGCGCCUUCGAGGUGGACAUCGACGUCUCGUCGGAUCGCUUUGCAGACCGCAUCACGCGGAUGGGGCGCGAGGCGGCAGAGCUGCCCGAGGCCAUCCUCGGCGCCGUGCGGUGA